AUGGAAAUCGACUGUUUGCAGAAAGGACUGCCGUUAAACAGGAACAAUUCUUUGUUGAAAUUGUCGCCGUUUCUAGACGACGAGGGGCUCCUGAGGAUUAGUGGUAGGAUUCAGAAUAGUGACAUUGACUUACCUGGAAAGGAUCCGAUCAUUGUCCCAGCAAAACAUCACGUGGCUACUCUAAUCGUGAGACAUUAUCACGAGAAAUCGGAACACCAAGGCCGACAUAUUACGGAGGGUAAAAUACGUUCUUCUGGUUAUUGGCUAGUGGGAGGAAAGCGAUUAAUUUCCUCUAUCUUACAUCACUGUGUCGUGUGCAGGAAACUCCGAGGAAAGUUUGUGGAACAAAAAAUGUGUACUUUACCGCAGGAUCGUUUGACACCAUGUCCGCCUUUCACUUAUAUUGGAUUGGAUACGUUUGGACCAUGGAAUGUGCGCGCGAGAAAAACUAGGGGAGGACAAGCUAACGCAAAACGUUGGGCUAUAAUAUUCUGUUGCAUGGUAUCGAGAGGGAUACAUAUUGAGGUCGUAGAGGAGAUGAGCACAUCUUCCUUCAUUAACGCACUGCGGAGAUUCAUCGCGAUCAGAGGACCGGUAAAGCACAUUAGGUCGGACAAAGGAUCUAACUUCGUAGGAGCCGUUAAGGAACUUAACUUGAAUGUUAUUGAUGUCGAGGACAAAGCCGUAAAAGACUUUCUUUCAGAGGAAAGCAUCACAUGGACUUUUAAUCCUCCAUAUGCCUCCCAUAUGGGCGGAUCUUGGGAACGGCUUAUUGGUACCGUUAGAAGGAUUCUGGACAACAUGUUGCGUAAUACUGACACUAAACACCUCACGCAUGAAGUGCUUACGACUUUUCUAGCCGAAGCGUGUGCUAUAAGUGAACCAGCGACCACUGGUACCCGUAUCUGA